CUGUGAGCCUUAGCAAGAGCCUUGGAGCCGGCCCACGCAGGGCUGUGGGAGGGGGACAGAGAGGCCUUUAAAACCAGCGGGCCCUGGCUGGGGCUUCUGCAGGCCUGAGGAAGGAGCCAGCUCACGGAACCCCGAAGAUGAGACGCCUUCUCAUGCUGGUUUGGUUCCUGGCUUGCUCUGUGCCCACUGUGCCUGGGGGCUUGCUGGAGCUGAAGUCAAUGAUUCAGGAGGUGACGGGCAAGUCUGCUCUGAGGAGCUAUGGCUUCUACGGCUGCUACUGUGGCUGGGGUGGCCGAGGGACCCCCGUGGAUCGUACCGAUUGGUGCUGCUGGCAGCAUGACCAGUGCUAUGGAGAUCUGCAGGAGGCAGGCUGCCGCAUCUGGACCCAGUCCUACAGAUACCGAGUGCAGCGGGGCGAGGUCACCUGCGGGCACGGGACCCGCUGCCAGACACAGCUCUGCGCCUGUGACCAGAAGUUUGUCUAUUGCCUGAAACGAAACCUGUGGAGCUACAACCCUCGUUACCAAUACCACUACAACUUUUUGUGCAGAUAGUCAGCCUUGCUGGGCUCCCACAGCCCCAGGCUCCUGCCACACAAGCUGGGGUGUCUGCUGGGUCUUCCUGAAGGGCUCCAUCGGGUGCCCCUUCAUUCAGGGUCCCCGGGGAAGCCUCAGCCUGCGCUUCACC